AUGCCAUCGGUCUCCAACGCUGCUGCGGCAGCCUCUUCUCCCUCGACCUACGGAGACUCGGUCGACGCGGCUUCAUCCACACGGCUGCAUGCCCCUUCUCGGCUCCAGGAUGACCACCACAGCGCCGACGAUCUCGAAGGCGAUGCGGAUGCUGACGAGGAUGACGACGACGUGGAGCAAAUUGGUGGCAGCGAGGCGCACCACAACAUGAUCAACGAGCUCACCGUCAAGUCUGGCUAUCUCGAGAAGAAGGGCGAGAAGCGCAAGACGUGGAAAAAGAGGUGGUUUGUCCUGCGCUCCUCCAAGCUCGCAUACUACAAGAACGACAAGGAAUACCAGUUGCUGCGCUUUAUCGACGUCGGCGACAUCAAGACCGUCGCUUCGGUCGAGCUCAAGAAGAGCGUCAACACCUUUGGCAUCGUCACGCCCAAGCGCACCUUUUACGUGCGCGCCUCGUCGAGAGCCGACAUGGAAUCGUGGAUCGAGAGGCUCAACGAGGUCAUGACCCAGUACGCACAAAGCAGCACCAUGACCCAGGAGAUGGCCGCCCUCGAGCUCGCCAACACCGAAACGCCAGCACCCUCGGCAACCCUGCCUCCGCAGCAAAGGCGAUCCGCGUCCCAGGAGCGCGCCCAUCCGGCCUCGUCCGCACAACCCAUCAAGAUCGGCAUCCCCAGCAGAGCCAGCUACGUUGCACCCGCCCAGCCGCGUCCCAUCCCGGGCUCGGCUGCAUUUAGCCCGCUCACCACCACCAGCGACAGCGAGACGGGCGCAGAGAGAUACGGCCUCAGCUACGCCAGCUCCACGGGGCCUUCGAUGUCGGGCAGCCCUUCGACGCGCCCCGACCCCUCGCACCUCUUCCUGGCGGCGGGUCAGUCUCCCAGCGGAGGCGGUGGCCAUACCUCCGGCAGCGAGAUGAGCGAUGCAGGCGGCGGCCACGAACGACGCCCCUCGGCGGGCUUCGGCAGUCUGCCCCGCCAACGCUCCACCAGCGCAACGCGACGCCUCGCAUCGUUCUCGAGCGGUCCCGCCGAUCAGCCCUCGAGUCCCAUCUUCCCUCCCGGCAGCGGCGGCGGCGGGCAGCAGGUGCUGAGCAGUUCGGACGAAGAGGACGAGUGGGACGAGGAAGAGGUGGCCGACCAGGCCAUGCCACUUCCCGCCCUCGGAUCGUCGCAGAACAACGCACAGACGUCGUCGCUAGCCACGCAGGCGGCACAUGCGCAGCAUCUGGCGUCGCCUGGCCAAGCGUCGGGUCUGAGCAUCUCGCCGCUGCCGACGACGGCCAACGACCUGAUCCGCGACCCAAACAAGGUGAUCACGCAGGGCUAUCUGAUGAAGCAGAGCGGGCGGCGCAAGGUGUGGCGUAAGCGCUGGUUCGUGCUGACGCCCGCGCGGCUGCUCUACUCACGCAGCCACAUGGAUGCCAAGGCGCAUCGGCAGAUUGCGAUCUCGUCGAUGCUCGAUGCGAUCGAAUACGAGCCCAAGAAGGCAUCGGCACUGCCGACGUCGCCCGCGCUCGGGGGAACGGCGAAUCCGUUUGCGCCCGAGCACGCUGCGGCGGCGUCGGAGCGCGACGGCGGUUCGGCCUUCUCGCCCGGCGCGGCUUCGUCGGCGGGAGCGCCGCCCGAGAAGCCCGAGCGCCGCGGGAGCAUGGUGGCGGUAGCGGCGGGCGUGGCUUCCAACAUGUCGGCGGGGAUGGUGGGUGGCUCGAGGAAGCGCAAGGAGAACUGCUUCCAGAUCAUCACACCCAAGCGCACGUUCAUCCUGUGUGCGCCCGGGGAGGACGAGGAGAUCAAGUGGAUCUCGGCGCUCAAGACGCUCAUCAACAGGCAGAGGAACGGGCCGACGCCCAACGGCAAUCCUCCGCUCUCGCCGACGACGGGCGCACCCGCAUCGUCGUUCCCGUUCUAUGCGACGUCGCCGAGCAGUGCAAGUGCGGCUGGCACGCCGGCGCAGGAUAAGCCAGGUGUACCGGCUAAGCAGACAGUGCCCACCGAUGCGCCAGGCGGGCAUGCACAGCUGUCGUCCAUCGGAGCAGCAGCACAGACGCUGUCGAGUUCUUCGCUCGCGUCCAACACCGCCGGCGCCCAGAAUGCAAGCCAGGAUCCGGCUGCAAAUAGGCAGCACGCCACGCAGCAGCCACCAGCCAACUUGCCCACCACAGCUGCAACCUAA